GGAGGGCGGGGAGCUCAAGGCCUGCUUGAUACGUCCGCCAUUUUGGGCGCUUCGCUGAUGGUGUCGGUGAGCGCGUUUCCCGCCUGAGCGCGACUUGCGGCAGGUCGCGGGCACCUCCAGAAAAAAGUCGGCUUGGUCCAUUGCUGCUGUUUCCCCUACUGUCAGGCCUAAGCCAAGCUUCCAGUUCUCCGCAUCGGUUACUACUCCAUCGCCUCGGGAGAACCCUCCAACAGCUCACUUACUCACACUACACUGGGAGAGCUUCUGUUUCCCGUCCCACUCUCUUCCUGCUCAUCUGCUAAUGCAGUAACUUGGAAGACAACUGUUGCCAGGAUAACCUGUAAUGGGCAAGGAGCCACAGAGAAGAAAACGUUUCUUUUAAUUUUUAAACUUUGGUUUGAAAGCCCAGCAUGUUUUGGAAAUUUGACCUUCACUCAUCAUCCCACAUAGACACACUUCUAGAAAGAGAAGACGUAACACUGAAGGAGUUAAUGGAUGAGGAAGAUGUUUUACAGGAAUGUAAAGCCCAGAACCGCAAACUUAUAGAGUUUCUGUUAAAAGCAGAAUGUCUCGAAGAUCUAGUCUCAUUCAUUAUAGAAGAACCACCUCAAGACAUGGAUGAAAAGAUCAGAUACAAGUACCCAAAUAUAUCUUGUGAGCUGCUCACUUCCGAUGUCUCCCAGAUGAAUGAUAGACUGGGAGAAGACGAGUCCUUGCUAAUGAAAUUAUAUAGCUUCCUCCUAAACGAUUCCCCCUUGAACCCACUACUUGCCAGCUUCUUCAGCAAGGUGCUAAGUAUUCUUAUCAGCAGAAAACCAGAACAGAUUGUGGAUUUCUUAAAGAAGAAACGCGACUUUGUAGACCUUACCAUAAAGCACAUAGGAACCUCUGCCAUCAUGGACUUGUUGCUCAGGCUCCUGACAUGUAUCGAGCCUCCACAACCCAGGCAAGAUGUGUUGAAUUGGUUAAAUGAGGAGAAAAUUAUCCAGAGGCUUGUGGAAAUAGUUCAUCCGUCGCAAGAAGAAGAUCGGCAUUCAAAUGCAUCCCAGUCACUUUGUGAAAUUAUUCGCCUGAGCAGAGACCAGAUGUUACAGAUUCAGAACAGCACAGAGCCAGACCCCCUGCUUGCCACCCUGGAGAAGCAAGAAAUUAUAGAACAGCUUCUAUCAAAUAUUUUCCACAAGGAGAAAAAUGAAUCAGCCAUAGUCAGUGCAAUCCAAAUACUGCUGACUUUACUUGAGACACGGCGACCAACAUUCGAAGGCCACAUAGAGAUCUGCCCACCAGGCAUGAGUCAUUCAGCUUGUUUGGUCAACAAGAGUGUUCUAGAAGCCAUCAGAGGAAGACUUGGAUCUUUCCAUGAACUUCUGCUCGAGCCACCCAAGAAAAGUGUGAUGAAGACCACAUGGGGUGUACUGGAUCCUCCUGUGGGGAACACUCGACUGAACGUGAUCAGGUUGAUCUCCAGCCUGCUGCAGACAAAUACCAGCAGCAUAAAUGGGGACCUUAUUGAGCUGAAUAGCAUUGGAGUCAUAUUGGACAUGUUCUUCAAGUACACGUGGAAUAACUUCUUGCACACACAGGUGGAGAUCUGUGUGGCACUGAUUCUUGCAAGUCCUUUCGAAAACACAGAAAACGGCACAAUUACUGAUCAGGAUGCCACGGGUGACAAUUUGUUAUUGAAACACCUUUUUCAAAAAUGUCAGUUAAUAGAACGAAUACUUGAAGCCUGGGAGAUGAACGAGAAGAAACAGGCGGAGGGGGGACGGCGGCACGGGUACAUGGGCCACCUGACGAGGAUAGCCAACUGCAUCGUGCACAGCACUGACAAGGGCCCCAACAGCGCGUCAGUGCAGCAGCUUAUCAAAGAUCUUCCAGGUGAAGUCAGGGAGCGAUGGGAGACGUUCUGCACAAGCUCCUUAGGAGAAACUAACAAGAGGAACACGGUAGAUCUAGUAGGUUUUACAAGGUUACGUUUAUAUUCUUUCUGUGCUCUUGGCCUUUGCUCAUUUAUUCAGAAAGAUGUAAAAGAUCUUCCGUUUGGCCCAGUAGCUGUGGACCAAGGACCAGUUCAUGUUCCUUUACCAGGAAGAGAGGUCACAACCUGCCAUAUUCAUUCAUCCAGUGAUGAUGAAAUUGACUUUAAAGAAACGGGUUUCUCACAGGAUUCUUCUUUGCAGCAAGCCUUUUCUGAUUAUCAGAUGCAACAAAUGACGUCCAAUUUUAUUGACCAGUUUGGCUUCAACGAUGAGAAGUUCGCAGAUCAAGAUGACAUUGGCAAUGUUUCUUUUGAUCGAGUAUCGGACAUCAACUUCACUCUCAAUACAAACGAAAGUGGGAAUAUUGCCUUGUUUGAAGCCUGUUGUAAGGAGAGAAUACAGCAGUUUGAUGAUGGUGGCUCUGACGAGGAAGACAUCUGGGAGGAAAAACACAUUGCAUUUACCCCGGAAUCCCAAAGACGGUCCAGCUCAGGGAGUACAGACAGUGAGGAAAGUACAGACUCUGAAGAAGAAGAUGGAGCAAAACAAGACUUGUUUGAAUCCAGUAGUGCCAACACGGAGGACAAAAUGGAAGUGGACUUGAGUGAACCUCCCAGCUGGUCAGCCAACUUCGAUGUCCCCAUGGAGACAACCCACGGUGCUCCGUUAGACUCGGUGGGGUCUGACGUCUGGAGCACGGAGGAGCCAAUGCCCACCAAGGAGACAGGCUGGGCUUCCUUCUCCGAGUUCACGUCUUCCCUGAGUACAAAAGACUCUUUAAGGAGUAAUUCUCCCGUGGAGAUGGAGACCAGCGCUGAGCCCCUGGACCCGUUGACCACUAGUGCAGCUGCCCUCCCAGCACAAGCAGAAGUGCCAGGCAGUGUGGCCAUGGAGGCCAGCUCUGACGGGGAGGAGGAUGCUGAGAGCGCAGACAAGGUAACUGAGACAGUAAUGAAUGGCGGCAUGAAGGAAACGCUCAGCCUCACUGUAGAUGCCAAGACAGAAACCGCGGUCUUCAAAAGCGAGGACGGAAAACUGCCUACCUCUCAAGAUGCUGCUUGUAAAUACGUGGUGGAGGAGAGCCCCGAGGUGGCGGAGGCGAGGUCCAUGGCCCCCCAGCUCCCCAGCAGUAGCCCAGAGCAGAGGACUGACCAGCUGAGCGUGCCAGGUGACACGUCGGUCAAUGGCCCUGUAUGAUGAGUGACUGCUGCUGCUGACUGAGGACCGCAGACCGCCAGCACCCCGGGGCUUCCGGGGGCUUCCUCGGAGCCCGCCCAGCCAGUCACUGCUGCACUCACUCUGCAAGGAUCAGGACCAGCAACCUUUCUACUCUAGAUUCUAAGACAUUGUACAGAGAAACUCAGACGUGUACAAAGAUUGCACAUUGACAAAUACCAAGAAUUUUUGCGUAUGUUUAUAUUGUAUUGUUCUAAAUAAUGGGUGGCCUGUGAAAUAAGAUCUCGCCGUCCACGUAAGGAUAGUAGUGAUGCUGUAGUUACAACGGCUGUAAGGACAGGUUUAUAAAAGUCAACGCACAGAUCUAUUGUGUCUGAAACAUAACUAUUUGACAGUUAUUAGUGUGACCAAAGGAUUAGGCAGUUUUCAUACAUUUUUCACCUUGUACAGAAUUCUGAAUUCAUCUUUCCUCCAGGACGACAAGGAGCUGUAGGAGUCAAAUGCCCUCUGAGUGUUAAUUUGGUGGUUCUAACUCACAAAAGUGAUUUUUGAAUACGAAAUCUUUGGUGUUCUUUUUAUAACCAGCUUUCAUUUGGUAACUGUUUUCUGUAUUGUUUAAAACGGAUCAAAAAUGUAAGUCUAUUGGUAGAGAUGAAGUAUUUAUUGCUACAACUUAGUUGAAAAAUUGAUGUUCUUGUAAAGCCAUAUGUUCUGUUAAGGUCUUGUUUGCUUGAAAUGAUAAUUCCUACAGGUGAAACACUAGAUUAUUUGGAGUGUUUAUGGCUUGUGGUUUGGGUUUUUUUUGUUUCGUUUUGUUUUUUGUUUUGGUAGUUCAUCUGCCUUUUUAACCCAUUCACCACAAUUUCCCUUGUUACCAAGCAUCACCAACGAACAUUUCAGAGCAGUCUGCACGUCUAGCAGACCGAGAUUCUGUCAGCGCGUCGGCGGAGCCGGGCCUGCUGCUCACAGCCGGCUGGGGGGCUGAGGCGGAGCCAGGACCUGGCACCUCCGGGGGCCCAUUGCUUUCCGUGCGUGCCGCCUGAGGUCCCCACUCGUAAACUCGAAACCAGUGUAUUUUUUUUUAGAGCUGGUUUGUGUAUAUAUAGUGAUUAUGGAUACUAAUUCAAUGUAAUUUAUAAUUUUCUAUGUCAAUAUAAAAAUACAUCAUAGCCUUCUCAAACAGCUGAAGCAAUAUACUGUAUAUUGCCAGAUCGUCCGGUGAAAGGGUUAAAUGACUUCACCUCUUGCACUUUUAGAUGCAAAUCAGUUUUUCAUUUCUGUAAUAGAAAAUUAUUCACGUAUUUUUACAUCAUUUGUUUUUCCUGACCAGUAUUUAAAACCAAAAGGAUAUUCUGAAAAAUGGCCAACGAUUUUUUUAGAAAUAGCACCCCAAGCAGCGUGCCUGAGCAUUACAUUGCGUACGGAAAUAAAGAAAUCAAACGUCUAAUGCCUUAUUUCUUAUUUCCUUUUUCCAUUUUAAAUGGUGUGGAAACCCUUCCGUGAGGUUUCCCAGGCCACCCUAGCACUCCGAGGACAGUGGACUCAGCGGUAGCCCCUGGGACAGAUGGCAGGGGUGGCUCACUUGACAUUUGCACGCCUCCUCAGGAACCCUCUUGCUGCCCUGUGCUCCUCUCCGAAGAGACUGUUCUCUUGUGUUCUCACCUGGACCUGGCUCCUCCAGAGAGCCAGCGUCAGUUGUCUCAGGACGCCUGGCUGUGUGGCCGGGACCACGGGACUGCCGUUGGAUAAUGCACCUGUCUCGGCCGGUGGAGAGCUUUGCAGGCCGAGGCCAAGGCGAGGCUGCAGUGGGUCCCAACUGCUGCCUCUGCUUUGAUUUGGUUGGCUUCUUCGUUGCACCCAAGGUAACAAUGUCUUAUUUCAUCCAACCUGCUGCUGGUGAAUGGGCAUUGGGGGUAUUUCUUUGGGGUUGUAUUUUGUUUUGCUUUCUUAUAUGGCAGGAAUACUCCAUGAGCAAGGGUAGAAAGUCCUUGAGGGUUGGAGGGUGGCAGCCCAUGGGCCAGGAGCAAGGACACUUAGUUAAUUUCUGCUUUAAUUUCUGUGUAUUGGCUAUGCUGAAUUGCGAGACUAACGGAUGUCUACGAUACCUGUAUUAAAAGUAACAUCAACAAAAAUAAAGCCUGAUUUUUGUUUCUCGU